ACAUUAAAAAGAAAAUUAUAUUAACACUUGGUUAACAAAAGACUGAUAAAAAAAGACAAAUAUCACAAUUUCUUUUUUGGGGUGUAAAAAUGCCCCAUUGCCUGAAACUAAACAGCUUUAUUGGAACCAUAAUAAUAAUAUCUUCAACUUUGACCAUUUAUAUACAUUUGUAAAAUCUACCACCUUAAAUAAUUCCCUCCUUCCCACCUGCAUUUUCUCAUAUUCAUUCACUCAACUUUGUAUUUUUCUCUCUCUAUAUCUUACUAUUGGGUUGUGCUUUUGAAGAAAGGAAAAAAAUGAGAUUCUUAAGUGGACUGUUCUUGGGUUCUUUGGCCAUUGUUGUCCUGUUUUUCUCAGUGACUAAUGGAGACCCUUUUGUUCCUGGUUUGAUGAUCUUUGGGGACUCAGUGGUUGAUGUUGGGAACAAUAACAACCUUUAUACUGUUGUCAAAGCAAACUUUCCUCCUUAUGGGAGAGACUUUAUUUCUCACAAACCAACUGGAAGGUUCUGUAAUGGAAAGUUAGCCACAGACUUCACUGCUGAGUAUCUUGGAUUCACUUCAUAUCCACCAGCAUACCUUAGCCAAGAAGCCAAGGGAAAGAACCUCUUGACUGGAGCCAACUUUGCCUCAGGAGCUUCUGGCUAUUAUGAUGAAACAGCCCAUUUAUAUAGUGCCAUUUCAUUGACCCAGCAACUGAAUUACUACAAGGAGUAUCAGAAGAAAGUGGUGAAUAUGAUAGGACAAAAGAGAGCCAAUGCCUUGUUCUCUGGUUCAAUACAUCUUUUGAGUGCAGGGAGUAGUGAUUUUAUACAAAACUACUAUAUUGAUCCCAUUCUUUAUGGAGCUUACACCCCUGAUCAGUUCUCAGAUAGGCUAAUGAGUUCAUACUCCACUUUCAUUCAGACUCUGUACGGAUUGGGAGCAAGGAGGAUUGGCGUCACAAACUUACCGCCACUCGGAUGUUUGCCAGCAGCCAUCACCCUAUUUGGCAGAGGAAGUAACCAGUGUGUCGCCAGGUUAAACAGAGACGCCUUUUCAUUCAACAGAAAGUUAAAUAGCACAUCUGAAAGUCUGCGUAGGCUUCCUGGUCUCAAGCUUGUGGUCUUCGAAAUUUAUCAGCCUCUCUUAGAUAUGGUCACAAAGCCCUCGGAUAACGGUUUCUUUGAAUCAAGAAGAGCUUGCUGUGGAACAGGUACUCUAGAAACUUCACUGCUUUGCAACUCCAGGUCUAUAGGGACAUGUUCUAAUGCUACCGGAUAUGUAUUUUGGGACGGAUUUCAUCCCUCUGAAGCUGCAAAUGAGGUCUUGGCCGGUGAUCUACUUCAGCAAGGAUUCGAUCUCAUCUCUUAAAGCUAUUCCAGAGCUCAAAGAAUUUGUCACUGCUAGGCCCUCAUUGAUAUUUAUAUAAAGGCUUUGCAGUUAUAUAUCAGUAUUUACAAGCUGUAAUUUCAGAGUUUAGUUUACAUAGGGUGUAAUGUAUGCAAGCUUGUUACGAAAACAAAACUGUCAGUGAUGUGUGUACUUGCCUUGGUACCUAACACGUUAUGGAUCUUUGCUUAAUAAGAUCUUCUUA